ACGUUCAUUCAAUUGAACUGGUUGCGGUUGGUCUUGGGGGUUGAGAAGAAUUUGGGCACCUUCGGCACCAACCACUUACACAGUCCGAUGAUUUUCGGAUUUGGAGAAUAGUAUCGGACAUUGGCACACCAAGUUGUACAUUCGCCGCCCUAUAAAUGAAGGUUAAAAAAUGAAUAUUUUACAUCGUUCCCAGUUUUAUCACAUUGCCUCAACUCAAGACAGCAGACAAAAUGCUCUGCCAACCAGAAUCCAUAAUCUUCCUCUCUCGCAACCUCAAACUAUCCGCGCACCUCUACGCCCCCAGCGCCGACGCCCCGUCCCGCGCCGGCGCCGCCAUCAUCAUCGCCCACCCCUGGACCUCAAUCAAAGAGCAAUCCCCAGCCAACUACGCCCGUCUUCUCUCCGCCGCAGGCUUCACUUGCCUAACCUACGAUGCGGCCUACCAAGGCGCCUCCGACGGCCAACCGCGCCACCUCGAAGACCCCGCCCAGCGCGUCGAGGAGAUCAAAAACGCAGUUACCUACCUAUCCAACCGGCACGGCAUCGACCCAACCAAGAUUGGGGUCCUCGGGAUCUGCGCCGCGGGAGGCUACGCCUGCUUCGCCGCGCAGACAGACGUCCGCCUCCGCGCCGUGGCGACCGUCUCCGCCGCGUGCGUGGGCACGCUCACCCGCAGGGGGUUGGAGAAGGACUCCCCUGCCUCGGAAGCUCUCAGGAUGCAACUCGAGCUGGCCGCGAAGGAUCGGAGUGGUGAGGGGGAGAUACCUCCCGUGCAAAUGCUGCCGGAGCGCUUCGAGGAUCUCCCCGCGGAGUGUCCGGCUGCGAUGCGCGACUUCGCGUCUUAUUACUGCACGGCGAGGGGGUUCCAUCCCAGGGCGGAGGGGCUGUGUUUGCCGCGCAGCUGGGAUUUGAUGGCAAAUUUUGAGGCGUUUCGGUUUAAUGCCAUGAUUAGUCCCAGGCCCUUGUUGAUGGUCGUUGGGGAGAAGGCGGUGUCGAGGUGGUUUAGUGAGGAGGCGGUUGGGCUGGCUAGCGAGCCUAAGGAGGUGUUUGUUGUCGAGGGGAGCACCCAUGCGGAUUUGUAUGAUAGGGUUGAGGUGGCUGGGGGAAAGAUGGUGGAGUUCUUUGGGGAGUAUUUGGUUUGAAUUUAUCAAUAGAAAGGGCUCAUCUUUCUCGAUUUGGAGGUUGUAUAAUCAUGCUUGGAGAAGCCGGAAUAU